CCCUACUUCCGGGAUUUCGCCGGGCAUGCUUAGUUGGUUGCUAUGGAAACGAAGAAGCGGAGAGACUCCUGGGUGGGGCGUUGACAACACUGCGCGGCUGUCGUGGCUGCCCGCGGUGUUUUGCUUUUGGGGGCUUUGUGACAGUCCUCUGAUAAUUCUUUAAAAAAUAUAGAAAGAAAUGGAUCGACAUAUUCCUGUGUAUCCUUUGCCAGAAGAAAUAAGAAAGAUGUCCCAAGAUGAAACAAUGUGUAAAUAUUGUGGAGUCAGUUAUUUGAUCCUUCAUGAAUUUAAGCUACUGGAUGAGAAAGUAAAAGCAAUGGAAAAGAAGAUGAAGUUUUUUGAGGGUAGUAUGGAACGGGAGAAAAUACUGCAAGAAAAACUACAAAGUCUAAGUCAAGAUUUUGAACAAUGCACAGCAGCUAGUGAAUCAAAAACAGAAAGAAUAAAAGAAUUAGUUGCAGAACUUGAAAAUAAGGAAACUGCAAUAGAGAAUUUAAACAAACAGUUGAAAAGCUUUCACAAAGAAAAGGAUGAUAUAUGGAGACAGUCACAAUUGGUCCAGAAAACAUUGCAACGACAUAAAUUUAUCCUAAAGAAAGCUUUUAAUCUUAUUCCCUUUAUCAGGGGAGAGUUAAACAAGUUUAAAGAAGAAAUACUUGGUUUUCUCAAAGAAUGGAUUUCACUGAAAGGAGAUGUAUUUUUACAACUAAAAACCAUUAAUAAAAUAGGACUGGCAGAAGUAUCCAGUUUGAACCAAACCUUAGGUGAGUGUCAGAGGAAACAACUAAUCCUUCAAAAAGAGGUGGAACACCUAAGACUGAAGUCAGAUGCAGCUGCACUGGAAACUAAGCAACUUCAGGCUUCUCUUUUACGGGAGAGCGAAUUACAAAAUAAAUGUAAUGAAUUACAAAAGAAAAUGCAAGAUUUAACAGAUGAAAUACAGGCAACUGAACUCAAGUUCCAGAAAGCUGCCGAUGAAAUUACAUAUUUUAAAGAACUAGUAAUAAAGAAAUCAAAAGAAUGUGAAGACCAUCAGAGGGAAUUUCAAAAGUUAUCAUCUGAAAUUGGAAUAGCUAAAUCUCGGUUUACUCAUAUGGUGACAGAAAAAGAACAAUCUUUACUUGCCUGCCAACAAAUGUAUAAAUGUUUACAGGAAGAAACAAUUGAGAAAGAAAAGAGAGAAGAUAAUUUUAAAAAACAAAUAAAGAUUGUGGAAAGUGAACUGGAAACAAUCAGCAAGCUUCUGAAACAGCGAGAGGAAGAAAUAGUCAUGCUUAAGCAAGAAAGGGAAUCUAUGCAGGUUUCCCAUCAGAAGAUAACAGAACGUCUGCAGGAAACUUUAAGGCAGAAAGUGCUGAAUGAAAAGAAUUGGCAAGAAAAGGUUGAAACUGAUAAAGUGAAAGAACACACCAGUCACAAAGAAGAGAUUGUUAGACUCAAAGACGAAGCCAGAAUGGAACUAGAUAUUGAGAAACAAAAGCAUCAGGAAUUAAUUGCAAAAUACCAGAAAGAUCAGGACGAGCUUCUACAUACAAAGAUACCUCUACUGAUAUGUAAUGCUACUAAUAAACUGAAGGUUGAAAUGGAGACACUUGAAAAGAAACUCCAUGAAGCGGAGAGGAAGGUUAAUGAGAAAGAUCACAAGAGGGAAAAAGAAUGGCAAAGCCUCAGAAGACAAAUAACUGAGCUUGAGUUCCAGCUGAAGGAAGAACGGAGCAUUCAUAAUUCAGUGACAGAAGACAUGAAAGAAGAAAUAAAAAAGAAGAUCCGUGAACUGGAAAAAUUAACCGAGGAACAAAAACAAUUGAUUCAGACAAUGAAUCAAGUUCAAGAGGAGAAUGCCCUUCUCCAGGACACUGUACGCAGGGAGUGUGAGGAACGCUAUGAGCUUACUGAGGCUUUGGUUCAAGCUAAAGAACAAGUCAUGGAACUAAAAAAACUUGGUGGAAACUUUCCCUUGACACAGUGUUCCCUCGGUCAGGGCAGUUCAACUUCCUCCUCCACUUUGAUCAACAGUCAAAGGCGCCCAAAGGCUUCAAAAGGGAUCACAUCUGAGAUUUCAAGGACCACUAAAGCAGUAGUCUGUGGUAGGAACCAAAACAGCUUCAGUGUUAGCUUGCCUGCUAUACCUACAUUGCAGUCACCUCAAAGGAGAACAUCUCUAGAUGAAUCCAGGAGAAGGAUCUCAGCAGUUAUAAAAAGACAAAUGAGUCAACUAUGAUGAGAAAAGAAUUGCUGCCCACGAUCAACAACUUUGGCACAUUAUCUAAAUUUCUUAAAAUGAUCCUUUAGGAGAUAAUGUUACAAGAAAAUAUAUUUCUGGGAAUAAACGUGUUUUUAGGGAUGAUCGUUUUUUAUGCUGACAGCAUGCUAUUAAGCUAUAAGGCUAUGCUUUGCUUACCAAAGCAUUUGUAUUUUAUUAUACAAUCAUGAUUCCUCACUUCAAUCAGAAAAUGGUGGUGACUUCAGUAUAGUGGUUUUCUGGCUUGCCGCUGCAGGCUGCAAGAUCCAGCUCAUAUAUAUCUUCCUUGUAGACAUUCACUUAAUCUAGCAAAGUAAAAGUCAUAGAGAAACAUCCCAGUCUAAUUUUGUAAUACCUCAUUAACAAUAGGCUGUCAUCAAGACUAAGCUAGAAAUUUUCUUGUGAUUGCCUACCUUGCUGCAUAUGAUUAUGGGAGCCUCUACCUGCAAUGGGAAUUGCUAUUAUUCAGACACACCCAGCUCAAUGUAAAUUAAUUUAUAGUAUGCAUCAUGUGUAUAUGGAGUACAACCAAUUAAGUGAUUUUGUUCCUUUUUCCCUUUCCCCACCCUUUGGACACAGACUCACCUGAACACACACAAUGGUAUUUUAAUUUUGCAAUGGUAUUUUAAUUCACUUGUCUUCAUUGUUAAUAUGUUAAUAAAAACCUUGCUGAAUUGUU